AUGGCAAGCGAUGUGUAUAGCUUCGGUGUUGUGCUGCUUGAGAUUUUAUCAGGUUUACGAGCACAUGGAUAUGGCCAACGAAAUUUGAUUGAUUGGGCGAGACCUCAUCUCUCUCACAGAAGGAAGUGGAAGACCAUUAUGGAUGCGCGGAUUAAAGGCCAAUAUUCUUCUGAGGCAGCUUUACAGGCCACUAACCUUUGCCUAAGAUGUCUGGAAUAUGAGCCUAGAAAGCGCCCCUCCAUGAAAGAAGUUGUGGAGGAGUUGGAACAGAUCGAAACCAUGAAGAAGGAGCCAUAA